AUGGCUACGGACCCUACCACCACACCUGCUCCGCCCGCCGAAUUGCUCACCAUUGCCGACAGCUGGCUAGCGCGACUGGGCAAGGCUGGCGCGAGCUCUGACCCUGCGCAGUUCGCCGCUCUUUUUCUGCCGACCGGAUGGUUGCGUGACCUACUAUGUUUUGGAUGGGACUUUCACUCUCUCGAAGGGCGCGAGAAGAUCGAGUCUUACCUAUCGCAAGAUCAUGAGGGCAAGGGCGAACCUUCGACGCGUUUGAAAUACGCCGCACUGAGCGAUAUGAAGAUUGAGACGACUUCGAGCCUUGGACCACCUUCGCCUUUCCCGAUCCCUGGCGCUCCUUCCGGAGUAGUCGGGAUUAUGGCCACGUUCGCGUUCAGAUUGGCCAACCCGGACCGCGUGGGUCGAGGGCUGGUGCGACUGGUGCCUGACCCUUCGCAAGCCGGUUCUGGUGGCGGGCCUAGCUUCAGGGCCUUGACACUGUUCAUGAACAUUGAAGAUAUCGUGGGACACGAGGAGCCGAAGGAGCGACCGCUGGGCAUAUGGGACGAACACAAGAAGACUUGGCCUGAAGUGAAAGCGGAGAUCAUUUCAAACACUGAAAAUGAUCCCACUGUCUUGAUUGUCGGAGCUGGCCAGGCGGGUAUGAUGUGCGCCGCAAGGAUGGGUCGCAUGGGACUUCGCGCCCUUGUGGUAGAGAAAUCCGCCCGCGUUGGAGACGUCUGGCGGGCAAGGAAGACCUACCCCAAAUUUGUACCUAAAGACAUGGUGGCAGACUUCCUGGAGGCGUAUGCCAUAGGACAGAACCUGGUCAUCUGGCAAUCUUCUGAAGUCCUCUCGGAGCCGGCGCCCGCUUUCGACAAGAAAACUGGGCGAUGGACUGUUGCAAUUCGCAGGACCAUCAAGACAUCCAAAGGUCGUGAGACGUUCAGCUUUGUCCUCGCUGCGCGGCAACUCAUGACGUGCCUAGGAACCGAAACACGAGUAGUGCAUGCGCGUCCCAAGCAUAUCGUAAUGGCCACCGGUAAUGGGCGUAAGAAUGUACCGAGAUGGCCCGGAAUGGACAAAUUCAAGGGCGAAAUCUACCACAGCGACGACCACAAGAACUUCGAACGAUGGGCGGGCAAGAAAGCUGUGGUUGUCGGCGCCUGCAAUGCAGCCGCGGACGUUGCGCAGUCCUUCCUGUCGCCUAUGCAUGGUGCCGCGGAGGUGACGAUGGUUCAGCGUUCCGCUACCUGCGUAAUAUCCUCUAGAACGGCCGACGCCGCUAUCUUCUCUACCGCAUUCGCGGAGAGCCGUGCGAUCGAGGAUGCCGAUUUUGCCAAUCACAGCAUGCCAUACCGUCUGGCCAUGAGAUUCGCCGCGGGCGGCGGUACAGCACGCCUCAAGGAGAUGGACAAGGACAUACAUAACGGCCUCCGCGAGAAGGGCUUCCGCCUGACGUGGGAGAUCGAACCGGGUAAGGGCGAAGUCGGUCUCAUCGGUUUCUUCUUCGAGAAAGUCAGCAGUGGCACUCUGCUCGACUUCGGAUGUGCGCAGUCGAUCAUUGACGGCAAGAUCAAGGUCAAGAGCGGGGUCGAAAUCGACCACUUUGAGAAGAACGCCGUUGUCUUUGCCGAUGGCUCUCGUCUUGAAGCCGACGUCGUGGUUCUGGCAACUGGAAACAAGCCCAUCAUCACCAGUGCUACAGACCUGUUCGGCCCCGGUGUUACUGAGAAGAUCGGGAACAAGGUAUGGGGACUCGACUCCGAAGGAGAAUUGACCAAGUGCUACCGGCCAACUGGGCAACCCGGUUUGUGGUUCAGUCCGGGUGCCUUCCAGCAUUCAAGGUUCUUCAGCAAGCAUCUGGCGCUCCAAAUUCUCGCUCAGGAGCUGGGAUACACGGAGUAG